AUGGAUAUCAGUAACCAAACUGCUCCAUCAGAAUUUAUUCUCCUGGCAUUUUCAGACCUUAAUGAAUGGCAUUUCUUCCUCUCUGGAUUUAUGAUCUUCACUUACCUCGUUACAGUGACGGGAAAUGCUCUGAUCAUCUUUCUUGUCUCCUUUGAAUCAAAUCUCCAAACCCCUAUGUACUUCUUCCUCAGCAAUCUUUCUGUCCUGGACAUCUGCCUGACUACAACUACCAUUCCUCAAUUGAUAGUGAACUUGAUCUCAGGAAGAAGUGUCAUUGCAUAUGAAAGGUGCAAAAUACAACUCUUUUUCUAUGUCUUAUUUGUUGGGACUGAGUUUCUCUUAUUGGGGGUGAUGGCUUAUGACCGUUAUGUUGCCAUCUGCAAUCCUCUCCGCUAUACCAUGGUCAUGAGUCAAAAACUCUGUGGCCAGCUAUCAGCAGCUUCUUGGUCCAUAAGCUCACUCAAUUCCACCAUACACACAGUUUUCACAUUCAGUCUACCCCUUUGCAGGGCCAAUAAAAUCAACUAUUUUUAUUGUGACAUCUCUCCUUUCCUAGCUAUCUCCUGUGGGGACAUUUCCAGAAACACUAAUGCAAUACUAGCCACCAGCCCUGUAAUGGGCUUGGCACCAGCAAUGUGCAUCAUAAUUUCCUACAUUUGCAUUAUCUCAAGGAUUUUGAAAAUGAAUUCCUCAGCUGCUAUGAGGAAAGCCUUUUCUACCUGUGCUUCACAUUUCAUUGUUGUUUUGCUCUAUUGUGGCAGCUGCCUUUUUUCAUAUAUUAGACCUAUGUCCAGCUAUUCGCUAAACAGGGACAGCAUUAUUGCCCUCAUUAACAAUAUGAUUUCCCCUAUAUUAAAUCCUCUAAUCUAUACUCUCAGGAACAAGGAUGUAAAAGAAGCACUGCAAAAGGUUAUGAUGAAGAAAUUAUUCUCCUGA